AUGGAUUUAUCGGCUACUGUAACCGCAGCGACAUCAAACGAUGAACUCUUUUCACCAGAAAAUGUAUUGAACAUUAAAGAAAACAAUUUUUGGCUGACGACUGGGAUAUUUCCUCAAAGUUUAAUUAUCUCGUUGAUGGCAAAAGUAAAGCUAAGUUCAGUCAAAUUAAUUUCAGCCUGCGUCAAAACAAUUUUGGUUGAAACCUCUCCAGAUGAUGCUGAAAAAUUCAAGGAGGCUGUUGAGAUGAAUGUGGAUUCGUGUGAUGGCCAAGUACAAAUCACGAGGAUUCCACUCAAUGGUGCAAUUUGCAAGCGAAUAAAACUUACUAUUCUAAGCGCGUAUGAUCAUUUUGCUGCUGUAUAUAAAUUUAUUAUGGAACAAACCUGA